GGGGAAGAAACUCCGCGGAGAGGAAGGAAGCGGAGGGGGGCAGCCCCGGCGGCUCGGCUCGGCUGUCCCCGUGUGCCCGGCUCUCCGCUCUCCGGGGCUGGCCGGGGGCAGGAGGCGGGGAUCUUUGUAACUUCCCCUCUGCUCUGAGCCCUGCCCCGCUGCCAAGUUCUCGGGGCCGGAGCCCCGCGCGUGCAGGCUCCGCCCCCGGGCGAUGCGGGGCUGGGCCGGGCCGGGAGAGCGCCCACGAGCCGGGCUAGUGGCACAAGUCCGCGCCCAGCGCCGCAGUCCGAGGGGCGCCCCGCGCUGCCGUGAGCCCGCAGCUCGCCCCGCCGGCCGGAGCGUUGCCCGCCGCCGCCGCCGCCCCGCGGGGUAGGAGCCACUCGCGCCGCCGGCCAUGGGGGGCAACCUGGGCUGCCACCGCUCCAUCCCCCGGGACCCCUCGGACCUCUGCCACAGCCGCAAGUUCAGCGCCGCCUGCAACUUCAGCCACAUCCUGGUCAACCAGGAGCGGCUGAACAUCAACAGCGCCACGGAGGAGGAGCUGAUGACCCUGCCCGGCAUCACCCGCACCGUGGCGCAGAGCAUCGUGGAGUACCGGGAGUACAUCGGGGGCUUCAAGAAAGUGGAGGACCUGGCGCUGGUCAGCGGCGUCGGGGCCGCCCGGCUGGAGCAGGUCAAGUUCGAGAUCUGCGUGAGCAGCAAGGGCAGCUCGGCGCAGCACUCGCCCAGCUCGCUGAGGAAGGACCCCAACCCCGAGCCGCCGGCCCACCUGGCCGCCGCCAGGCUCAACAUCAACACGGCCACGCCGGCCCAGCUCAUGAGCAUCCGCGGCGUCACGGAGAAGAUAGCCCACGGCAUCGUGGACUACCGCAAGGAGCACGGGCCCUUCAGAAGCAUCGAGGACCUGGUGAGGAUGGACUGCAUCAACUCCUCCUUCCUGGACAAAAUCAGGCACCAGAUUUUCACCGAGAGGUCACGGCCCCCUUCCACCAAUACCAACGGGGGGCUCAGCUUCACCGUCAAUCCUCACCCCAGCCCCACCUCGCUGAGCCUCCAGAGCGAGGACUUGGAUUUCCCACCUGGGGGCCCGACCCAGAUUAUAUCCACUCGCCCCUCGGUGGAGAUGUUUGGCGGGGUGAGAGAUGGCAAGCCUGUGCUGAGGGUGGCUACCUGGAAUCUGCAAAGCUGCUCUGUUGAAAAAGCCAACAACCCUGGUGUGCGAGAGGUUGUGUGCAUGACGCUGCUGGAGAACAGCAUCAAGCUCUUGGCAGUGCAGGAGCUGUUCGAUAGAGAUGCUUUGGAAAAGUUUUGUAUGGAGUUGAACCAGCCGACUCUGCCAAACAUCCGCAAAUGGAAGGGCCCUAGAGGAUGCUGGAAGGGUGUUGUUUCCGAGAAACCUUCAGGCGAGCUACAUAAGGGUGUCGAAUAUUCUGGCUUCCUCUGGGACACAACAGCUGGCAUCGAGCUGAAGGAUGCCUCCUCCCAGGAAAACGCACACACUAAUGGCAAUGGGAAACACGCCUACCCUCACCCUUACCUUGCACAUUUCAAGAUUGGAAUGAAUGAUCUAACACUGGUUAACCUUCAUCUGGCCCUGUCACCAUUAGCAGGAGAGAAUACAGAGAAGAAUCAUGAUAGCCACAAAUUAGCAGCCUUUGCACAGACUCUGCAAGAAACACUGAAAGGAGAAAAAGAUGUGAUCAUUUUAGGAGAUUUUAACCAAGCCCCAGACAGCAGUGACCUCGAUCUUUUGAGAAAAGAAAAGUUCCAUCACUUGGUCCCUGCAAAUACAUUUACAAACAUCAGCACAAAGAAUCCUCAGGGAUCUAAAUCGCUGGAGAACAUCUGGAUCAGUCGAAGCCUGAAAAAGGUCUUCACAGGUCACUGGGCUGUUGUGAGAGAAGGCCUUACAAAUAUAUGGAUCCCUGAUAACUGGUCCUGGGGAGGAGUGGCUUCAGAACACUGCCCUGUAUUAGCUGAAUUUUACAUGGAAAAGGACUGGAACAGAAAAGAGGUGACCCGAAAUGGAAACGGGGUGACCGUGGAACGCAGUGACUCAAACAUUAAACAUGAACGAUGAUGAACUAGAAGUUGACAGGAUCCAGUCAGAAGAUCCCAUUGCUUGAGGCUCAACUGUGAAGCAGAACUGCCUCCCCCCACCCAUUUAGAAAGCAUCAGCCUCUGCUUCUGAUGAUGUCUCUCCCCUACCCCCCCCCCACCCUCCCAGUGCCCCUCAUGGGUGUUUUAGGGUAUCUCACUGCAGCAGAGCGAUUUGUAACUUUUUACGGACGCAACGGACGCUUUCACGCCUGGGGACUUGGAGGAGAAUCAUACAGAAAAUAAAAUGCACUUUUACUACGGCACAUUAUCUCUGUUAAAACCCAGUGGAACAGGGCUUUUGUUAUUGUUGUUGACGUUUUUAAUUGAUUCCUUGUAAAGUGAAGCAAUAAUGGAGACCAUAAAAAGAGAAAAGAGACACCUUGGAAACUGUCAGUGAUUUGUCGAGUAUAGUUUAACACUUGCAAAAACUGCCAGGACAUAACUUUUCUUUCCGACCAAUACAUGAUCUGAACUGGGGAUUAUAUAGGGCUAGUUUGAGUCCUUUGAUCUCGGAGAGGCAAACGUAUUCCCCAGUUCUCCCAUUGCUCUUGAAGGUGGAGGGUAAUUUACUUCAUCCUUUUUCAGAAUCCAGCUUACUCCCCCUGUGCACCCAGCCAGCUACUCAAGCUGGCAAUGAGUGGGCAGAGCCAAAGUUGCUGCUCCUCUCUGCCUCCUCGCUCACAGGGUAAAAUAUUGGUGGAGCAGCCCCUGCUUCCCACCCUGCAGAUGGAGCUGUAAUCUGAGUAACCCUAGUCUGGCUGAGCAGAGAAUUUGCGGUGGUUUUGGAGCCAAUCUAGCCCAUAGUAUUUAUCCAUGAGUUAGCGUUUUUAACAAACAGCUGUCUCCACGGUGCAGUGGUGCACGUCAGUGGGCUGUGAAUUCUAAUGCUAACCAACAUCCUCAGCCAGGACUAAAUUAACAUUCCUGAGAGAACUUUGAGUGCACACCAGCAGGGUCUACACAGGCCAUUAGUGUGUGACACUUUGGUGCACAUUAGAAUUCACACCCCACUGAGACGCACUACCACCUCAGGUAGGCAAGCCCUUUUUCUUUCCUGAAAGCAGAGGGAAUACAGUCCUAGAAUCAUGAAGCUUAAGGCCAGAAGAGACCACAAGCUCAUCUAAUCUGAUCUCCUGUAUAUCACAGGCCACUAAUACCACUCAGCAUCCACACACUAAACCCAACAACUGAAAUUAGACCCCAGAGUAUUACAGCCCACUAGAGACUGGACUGUUAUGGGCUGCAGGCAGAGAACAGGAGGGACUGAGGUGCACCAAUGCCCAAGGCCACCACCGUCUUAGGGGAAAUGAUUAAAUGAGAUCUGUCUGGACAGUCCUUUCUUGAACAUGGUGUGAAGCGUGGGGCAGUGCUGGGGGAAGUUUGUUUCCCUUGCCUGUCCUGUGGCGAGAGGACUUCAGUCAACAGGCUGUCAAUCUAGUGGCUGGAGCCAAGCACUACAUUUGCACAUAUGCACAAUUCUCUAAUUAUUGAAAAGCAGGAGACAUAAAGCCAACCAGGAUAUGAAAGAGCAAAUCAGCAUUUACCAAAGGAAUGUGUUGAGUUUGAAAGGAGCCCUAGCCCUGCCAAAUGGCCUGCUAAGGUGCACUCUGUUCUAGGCUCUAACAGAUGAUCCAGCACAUUUUCACGAUUCAUGAAAAGAAAAGGUUUAUAACAUUGUGCUAUGGAGAAAAAAUAAAUCACAGCUUUCUAUCUGAGUGGUUUAUUAUCAGUGAGUGCUUAAAAGUAAAAUACAUUAAUCUCCCCACACCACUUUCAUUGUACUGGCUUUUGCAAAUAAUGUCUGAACACUUAGUUAGUAAUAAAGUGAUAUCACUCGCACCUA